UUAAUCUUUUCCCAGCCCUAAGGGAAAGAAAAUGUAGAGUCACAACUUAAGUCUAUUUGCUCUUAUAGAUAGUUUUACAGUUGUCUAGGACAGGGCCAAUAGAUCUUUGGCAAAUCUAUUUCAGCAGCAUACAAUUGCGACAGGUUGUGUCUCCAUUUAUGAGAGUAGCUGGAUUUCCCAAAAUUGUUCAGUUUACUCUAAGCUAUCUUAUAUUUAAUUUGACAUAUCGGAGUUAUUACCUUAUCUAUACUGUAUAAAGGCCCCUAAAAUGGUAUAGUUUAACUUUUGAACUCUUGAAUGUUGUUAUGUUAAAGAUCACCUUACCAAAAUCAUUAUCAGUCUCUAUAUGGAUGACACUGGACAGACUUUGUGAAAGCGACCAACUCGAGUCCCCACAUAUCUUGUCAAGCAUUUGAAUGUUGUAGGCUUAAUUUCAUGUACUACAUUUCCAAAUAAUUUGCUUAAAUUGCAGACAGACACAGAUUUGAAUAGACAAAUGGAGACCGCUAAUAACAUUGAAUAUUGAUUGUUGCAUAUAUGCAUGUCUUUAAUAUAGUUUCAGCAUGUAAGUGACGUGUGCAUUCACCAUCAAAGUGCAUGUUCUCAUCAUCAUUGAGGACAAAAGAAUAAAUUGACAAAUUAUCUUGUCUUGCAUUGUCUGUGUAAACUAAAUAAAGAUGGUGGAUUUCUAUCAUUUUACCUCAUUUGUGUUUUCUGAUUCAUCUUCGACCUGAUUUCACCAGGGGUUAUUACUCACGCAGAGGCACUUUGCAUAGGAGAUUCAUUCUGUUUCUCUAUAAAUCAGUGCGAAUGUCCUACAGGAGCUCAGCAGGACUGGCAUACCUCUCUACAGAGCAUCAUGGUUGUCGCGACUGUCAUUGAGGACAUUCUUGUUUUGAUUGCACUGGGGCUUGUUGGUAUUUCUGGGAACAUGUUUAACCUGGUUUUCACCAUACAGCAGCACAUCAAGUCCAAAAAUAUUCAGACUGUCGGUUUGAUCUUAACCGUUAUCUCUCUCAACAAUGUUAUCUUGGUCACCGUCACUCUCGUAAUGGUGUUGAGUGUCUUUUUUCUUCCAACUGUUUGGUGCAUGAGACCGUUUCCUUUUUUUCUCCGGAUUGUAAUAUACCUGACGAUGAACUGCAGUUGUAUCAGCUUCUGGUCUAUUGCAUGGCAGAGUCUCUUCUACUGUGUCAAAGUUGUGAAUUUCUCCUCUGAGUGCCUCCUAUCACUGAAGAGGAACAUCUCCACCGUGAUCAACACCGGAGUGCUGUUGAGCUGCUUGGGUUUCUCUGUGUUUUUCAUACCUUUUCUCACACUCGAAGUUCCAGCAACAAAUAGUAGCAUCGUGUCUGCGAAUCACAGCCUGAAUGCUACUCUAGGCACAGCCUGCCCGAGACUCAUUUUCUCCAUAAAUAUGAAUGAGAUAGCAUAUGUAGCUGUGGUUCUGUUUUUUCUUUGCCCAUUGCCUCUGAUGAUCAUGUUGCCCACCUCUCUCAGAAUGGUGAUCCACCUGUGCGCCCAUACGCUGGCACUCCGAAAAAAUAAGACCCAGGUGCAGGGUUCAGACUCGUACGUCCUGGUGUGCAAACUCACCAUCUCGUUGGUGGGGGUUUAUCUGGUGACUUUAUUUAUCGUGGGUGUAUUCCUGACUAUAAGGUUAAUGGAGGGAAAUAUCACCUAUCUUGUCUUAAACUUUGCCUUUAGUUUUUAUGGUGGCAUGUCUUCUGUUAUUCUGACAGCUUCAAAUAGGUAUCUGAAAGAAAAGCUUUGGAGUCUGUUCUGUUGUAAAAAAGCUCAGGAACCGGCUAUCAAAAGCCAAACAUGUGAAACAGUGGAUGGUUAAUAUACUGGGAUUGUUUAACGCAGGGGAUGAUGUAUAAAAAUGUAACACUUGAUUAAUCUCUAUUUUAAAAAUUGUUGCUUUACUGGAAUGAGU